CAGGGUGUUGGGACUGGAGCGGCUCUCAGGGGUCACCGAGGCCAUGCCCCCCCAGGUCAGACUCACCCAGCCCUUGCUGGCCCGCAGCGGCUGCUGCUUGGCUUGCUCACGGGACAGACAUAGCCCUAGCGAGCUGCUGGGAGCGCCACCCGGCUCUGCAGCCACAGGCGGUCUGAGUCAACUGUGAGCUGCUGUGGUGGCCGGUGGAGUGGCUAGAGGUGGUCGUGUUAGCUGUGGGGAUCUUAGCGAAGGUCUCUGUAAACCAAAUCCCUGUUCCCUAAUCCAUCCGUCCACAUCUGGGGAGGAUGGACUGCCCUGUGAAGAGACUGCCUCAGGGUUCCAUGUCCCCAAGGCCACACCUCCAGUGAGCACAGGGCAGAGCCCAAGGCUGCAUGAGCGCCACGGGAGGCAGCCCUUGGCGCUCUCUCAGAGUGAUGCCAUGGUACCCGUGGCCUCCAACAGGGCUACGCUGGGUAGGUUAACAGCAGGAGAGCAAGGGUUCUGGGUCCAGGUGAGACUGGGGCACCCAGGGGACACUGACCCUCUUUCUAGGACCUGGUUUUAGCAAUGUAGGAGGGCCACGCCCCUGUUUGGUCCUUGCCCUGAAACAGAGGCUCAGUCUGAGUCCUCCUGGCCCGAGUCUCUUGGAGUCUCCUCAGCAUGCGGGACUUGACCGUUUGCCAGGCACACUCAUGACCUUGGCUGUGAACCCGUUAGAUGCUCACCUGUCCCCCAGGUCAUCAUAGGUGACAGUGUGACCACGUCUUGAUGGUUAUCUUUUUAGCAUUCAGUGGCAAAGCCCUUGCUGCCAUGUCCCGGCCCCAAAGCCGUGCCACGUGUUUGAGCUUGUUCCUUAUGGUGACGCCGCGCAUAACUGACUUCCAGGCACUGGUUUCUGUGCCGUGGUUGGCAUGGCCCCGGGAACAGGCGGCCCCCACAGAGGCGCCUGGAUUAUCACCGGCGGGUCCCACACGGGCGUGAUGAAGCAGGUGGGCGAGGCGGUGCGGGACUUCACCCUGAGCAGCGGCUGCAAUGAAGGAGAGGUCGUCACGGUCGGAAUUGCCACGUGGGGCACCGUGCACAACCGGGAAGGCCUGAUCCACCCCUCGGGCCGCUUUCCUGCUGAAUACAUCAUGGACGAGGAAGGCCAAGGGCACCUGACCUGCCUGGACAGUAACCACUCCCACUUCAUCCUUGUGGACGACGGGACGCACGGCCGCUACGGGGUCGAGAUUGCCCUGCGGACGAAACUGGAGAAGUUCAUAUCGGAGCAGACCAAGGAGAGAGGAGGUGUGGCCAUCAAGAUCCCUGUCGUCUGUGUGGUGCUGGAAGGGGGGCCCGGCACCCUGCACACCAUCUACAACGCCAUCACCAACGGCACCCCGUGUGUGGUCAUGGAGGGCUCAGGCCGCGUGGCCGACGUCAUCGCCCAGGUGGCUGGCCUGCCCGUAUCCGAGAUCACCGUCUCUAGGAUUCAGCAGACACUCAGCCUGUUCUCCCAGGAGAUGUUCGAGACCCUCAGCGAGAGCAGGAUUGUCGAGUGGACCAAAAAGAUCCAAGACAUUGUCCGGAAGCGGCAGCUGCUGACCAUCUUCCGGGAAGGCAAGGAUGGCCAGCAGGACGUGGACGUGGCCAUCCUGCAGGCCUUGCUGAAAGCCUCUCGGAGCCAUGACUACUUUGGCCACGAGAACUGGGACCACCAGCUGAAGUUAGCGGUGGCGUGGAACCGCGUGGACAUCGCCCGGAGCGAGAUCUUCUCUGACGAGCGGCAGUGGAAGCCUUCAGAGCUGCACCCCGUGAUGAUGGCGGCCCUCAUCUCCAACAAGCCCGAAUUCGUGAAGCUCUUCCUGGAGAACGGGGUGCGGCUGAAGGAGCUCGUCACGUGGGACACCCUGCUCUACCUGUACCAGCACCUGGACCCCUCCUGCCUGUUCCACAGCAAGCUCCAGAAGGUGCUGGCCGAGGAGUCCGAGCAGCCGGCGUGCGGGCCCAUGGCCCCCCGCGUGCAAAUGCACCACGUGGCCCAGGUGCUCCGGGAGCUCCUGGGGGACUUCACGCAGCCACUGUACCCCCGGCCCCGGACUGGCGACCGGCCCCGGCUCCCGCUCUCCGUGCCAAACAUCAAGUUCAACAUGCAGGGAGUGAGUCUCCGGUCCCUCUACAAGCGUUCAUCAGGACAUGUGGCCUUCACCAUGGACCCGGUCCGUGAUCUUCUCAUUUGGGCCAUCAUCCAGAACCGUCGGGAGCUGGCAGAAAUCAUCUGGGCGCAGAGCCAGGACUGCAUUGUGGCAGCCUUGGCCUGCAGCAAGAUCCUGAAGGAGCUGUCCAAGGAGGAGGAGGACACGGACAGCUUGGAGGAGAUGCUGGCGCUCGCCGACGAGUAUGAGCACAGAGCCAUUGGGGUGUUCACUGAGUGCUACCGGAAGGACGAGGAGAGAGCUCAGAAACUGCUGACCCGUGUGUCAGAGGCCUGGGGGAAGACCACUUGCCUGCAGCUGGCCCUGGAGGCCAAGGACAUGAAGUUCGUGUCUCACGGAGGCAUCCAGGCCUUUCUCACCAAGGUGUGGUGGGGCCAGCUGUGCGUGGACAACGGGCUCUGGCGGGUGAUCCUGUGUAUGCUGGUCUUCCCGCUGCUCUACUCCAACCUCAUCUCCUUCAGGGAGAGGAAGCUGCAGGCCAGGAGGGGCCUGCUUCGGGUCCGCGCCUUCUUCAACGCGCCUGUGGUCAUCUUCCACCUGAACAUCUUGUCCUACUUUGCGUUCCUGUGCCUCUUCGCCUAUGUGCUCAUGGUGGACUUCCAGCCCACACCCUCGUGCUGCGAGUAUCUCAUCCACUUCUGGCUCUUCUCCCUGGUGUGUGAGGAGCUGCGGCAGCUCUUCUAUGACCCCGACGAGUUCGGGCUCAGGAAGGUGGCGCUCCUGUACAUCAGCGACUUCUGGAAUAAACUGGACAUCGGUGCCAUCUUGCUCUUCAUAGCAGGACUGACCUGCAGGCUCAUCCCCGGGCUGCUGUACUCCGGGCGCGUCAUCCUCUCUCUGGACUUCAUCAUGUUCUGCCUCCGGCUGAUGCACAUUUUUACCAUCAGUAAGACGCUGGGGCCCAAGAUAAUCAUCGUGAAGCGGAUGAUGAAGGACGUCUUCUUCUUCCUCUUCCUGUUGGCGGUGUGGGUGGUGUCUUUUGGGGUGGCCAAGCAGGCCAUCCUCAUCCACAACGAGAGCCGGGUGGACUGGAUCUUCCGGGGGGUCAUCUACCAGUCGUACCUCACCAUCUUCGGGCAGAUGCCGGCUUACAUUGACGGUGUGAAUUUCAGCCUGGACCAGUGCAGCCCCAAUGGCACCGACCCCUACAAGCCCAAGUGCCCCGAGAGCGACACCGUGCGGCACGAGCCCGCCUUCCCCGAGUGGCUGACGGUCACCCUGCUCUGCCUCUACCUGCUCUUCACCAACAUCCUGCUGCUAAACCUUCUCAUCGCCAUGUUCAACUACACGUUCCAGCAGGUGCAGGAGCACACGGACCAGAUCUGGAAGUUCCAGCGGCACGACCUCAUAGAGGAGUACCACAGCCGGCCCCCCGCGCCGCCCCCCUUCAUCCUCCUCAGCCACCUGCACCUGGUCAUCAAGAGGGUGGUCCUCAAGAUCCCUGCCAAGAGGCACAAGCAGCUCAAGAGCAAGCUGGAGAAGAACGAGGAGGCUGUCCUCCUGUCCUGGGAGGUCUGCCUGAAGGACAGCUACCUGCAGAACCGGCAGUUCCAGCGCAAGCAGCGGCCCGAGCAGCAGAUUCAAGACAUCGGCAAUAGGGUCAACACCGUGGUGGACCUGCUGGAAAGGGAAAGUCUGAAGCGGUCAGGCUCCAUGGAGCAGAGGCUGGCCUCCCUGGAGGCACAGAUGGCCCAGAUGUCCAGAGCAUUGCACUGGAUCGUGACGGCACUGAGGGACAGUGGCUUUGGCUCAGAGGAGGGCCUCCCCACCCUGGCACCCCAGAAGGCCUCGGAGGGGCAGGACCACGAGCUGGACAGCAGGCAGAGGGCGGAGGCUGUGGGCGACACCCACCAUGUGAACGCCCGGCACCUCCUGUAUCCCGACUCCCAUGUGACCCGUUUCCCCGUGCCCAACGAGAAGGUGCCCUGGGACACGGAGUUUCUCAUCUACGACCCGCCCUUUUACACGGACGACAGGAAGGACAAGGGUUUGGUAGACCCCGUGGGAAACGCCCUGGAAGCCUUGGCUGGGAUCAGCUACAAUGCCGUGGAUGGACCCAUAGACCGGCGGAGCUUCCACGGGCUGUACGCGGUUCAGGAGGGGCUUCCUCUGAACCCCAUGGGCCGCACAGGACUGCGCGGGCGAGGAAGCCUUGGUUGGUUCGGACCUAACCACACGCUGCAGCCUGUGAUCACCCGGUGGAGGCGGAACCAGGAUGGAGCCAUCUGCAGGAAGAGCAUAAAGAAAAUGCUGGAAGUGCUGGUCGUGAAGCACCCCCUCUCGGAAUCCUGGGCCCUGCCGGGGGGCUCCCGGGAACCAGGAGACAUGCUGCCCCGGAAGCUGAAGCGGGUCCUCCGUCGAGAGUUCUGGUCUUCCUUCCAGAACUUGCUGGUUCAGGGCACUGAGGUGUACAAGGGGUACGUGGACGACCCAAGGAACACGGACAAUGCCUGGAUUGAGACAGUGGCCAUCAGCAUCCACUUCCCAGACCAGAGUGACAUGGAUCUGAAGAGGCUGAACUCUCACCUGCACGCCCGUGACCCCGGGAUGUCCGUCCAGUGGCAGGUCGUGGACAAGCGCAUCCCGCUGUAUGCCAACCACAAGACCAUCCUCCAGAAGGUGGCCGCCCUGUUUGGGGCUUUCUACUGACCCAGGGACUCUGGCCACGCCCCACUGCCAGGGGCAAGCGAGGCUAGUCUGCCCCAGUCCCCCUGGAGGCUUGGGCUGCCCGGCACAUGGGCUGACACCGGCUGCCUGAACCACACGCCGCCCUGGACCUCGGGCAGGCCAGGGGCUGCUGCGGGGGCACCAUGUGGUGUGGCGUGGGCAUCUGCCACCUCUCACAGCCACCUCGAGUCGCCAACCAGAUGAGACUGUGAAUUGGAGGGCGUUGGGGGCCCCGAGAGGAGAGCCAAGGCAGGGGACAGCUGGCUCUGGUUACACAACCAUUCCUCAGGACGUGGCGCCUGGGACCCCGCCAGCCGUCCUUGCCCCUGGCCGCUGCAGCCCUCAGCCAGAGUGAUUCCCUCCUGGUCACGUCAUGAGCAGCUGGUCCAUGACUAGACGUGAUUGGCCCAAGGCCUGCAUUUCCUGGACAGUGAGGGCUCCCCAUUGGCUUUCUCCUAGAGUCCACACCCCAGAGAUGGUGUCCACCUGACCUUAUUCGGACCCUGGCCGGCUCUGGGGUGGGGCAUCCUGGCCUCAGUUCACUGCCCCUGGCAGUCAGGGCUGAGCCCGGGUGCGAGGGGGCGGGGCCACGCAAGCACACGCCUGCUCUGGAGAUCCAAGGGUGUCUGCCUGUGUGCCACCCUGGGGACUCGGGUGGGGCUCUCCAGACACGGCACCCCUCCCCCUGCUCCCUGUGAGCCCAGGGAGGGGCAGGUGGUGGGCAUAGAUGGCAGGGAAGCCACCCUGCUCCGGGUCAGUGGCUCUGGUCAGCAUAAACCGGGAGCCAUCAGGAAUAUUGUAAAACCCAACAUUAAACGUGCUGCCCAAACCAA